CGUUCGGUGGUCAGUGUGUCGGGGCUUCGGGGCUAGAGUAGUGUGUUUGGGCGCUCGAGCGACCUGAUCCUGUCAAACCCACCAGCGGUGGGUGUGCAGUGUUUCGCAGCCGCACCAGCCAGUGUUCCAGUGUUCGGUGAGCCGCCCUAGCUAGUAGUACGGAAUCUGGGCCCCCGGGGUGUCGGAUGAACCAUUGUUGUUGUUGGGCGCUGCGCGGGCUCAUUCGGUUCGGUGAUACACACGUGCAUCGGGCGUGUGGGUUGUUCCAAAGCAGCGUAAGCACUUAAAACAGUCCUAGCAACCAGUUGCCAACAGUGAGUGUUCCGUCGGUCGAUCACAGUGUGGGAAGAGUGACUCAACCCGUCCGCCCCGGUUGCGUUGCGGUGAUCCCUCCCUCUGUCCGCUGUCCCACGUGCCGCAGGAAUGCUGCAAUCACUUCAACCGGCGGUGGUAGGACCGGCGUUCGGGAUGCUGCUGGUCACGGUCGCCAUCGCAACCUGCAUCGAACCGGCCCAGGGCCGUGCGGUGAACAUCAGCAACACGUGGACGCUGCCGCAGGAGGGCUUCUCGGUGUUCUAUCGUUACUUCCGCGACAAGAUCUCCUGGUUCGAGGCGGACGCCGUUUGUCAGUUUCAUCACGCCAAUCUGGUAACGGUUGACAAUGGAGUGCAGUUCGAUGCAACGCGUGCCUUCCUGAAGGAGCUGGACGUCACCAGUGCCGUGUGGAUUGGGUUGAUGCGUCCGGAGAACUCGGCCCGCUUCACCUGGACCAGCUCCAAGGCGCUCGAUCCGGGCAGCAGUGGCUACUGGGCGGAGGCACUGCCCGCCAUGGAGCAACCGCUGUGCGCGGUCGUCGAUCCGACGCGCGACUUCCGCUGGCAUGCGCUCCGCUGCGGUGGCCCCGAGACGGCCGCCUUCCUCUGCGAGCUGCCAGUGCCGAGCUGGGCGGUGGACUGUACGAUCACCUCGAUACCGUCGCUGACGGUCCAGUACAUGUCGGACAGUGGUACGGUGCAGCUGGCCCGGGACUGUGGCGAGUCCGGCACGAAGCACAUCAGCUGCCAGGGCAAGCAGGACCGGGACAGCAUCGUGCAGCAGCUGCAGUGCAGCGAAACCGAGGAUCUCACGUCGGCGCUUGCCAACGAUAACAACAACAAUAGCAACAACAGCAACAACAGCAGCAACAGCAACCGGUUGCUGACGGUUGUUGCCACCGCUGACGCCGACGCCACGUCAUCAUCGAUGGCAGCGUUGCAGCCAAUCCUCGAGCACGACAUACUGACGGUGGUGUCCAGCAAUGACGAUGAUGACAGCAUUGUGAUCAACUCGAACCAGAUCGAGGACACGGUCAAGAACGUGAUCAAGAAGUUCGACCUGCAGGGCCUUCUGCAGCAGCAGCAGCAGAGCGGCGACGCCGGGCCCGGGAACGGCGAGUCAGGGUCGAGAAGGGUGGUGGUGGACGAGAGUGGUGGUGCCACCAGCGGUCCCCGGAAGUUGCACGCGACCGGGUACGCCAAAAAGUACUCACCGCUGUACGAGAAGAAACCGCACUACGUGAAGAAGGCGGUACUGGGACCGGAUGCACCGGAGGAGCUCGUCGUCGACGACGAGCAGGAGCAGGAGGAGGAAGAGGAGGAGGAGGAAGAGCGAGAACGGGAGCGCGAGGAAGAGGAGGAAGAGGAGGAGGAACGCAUGAUGGGCGAUCAGCCGCUGCUGGACGAAACGGAAACGCAACCGAUCGACAUCAUCCAGGAGGCGGUGAAACCGACGGCCGACGGUGACUAUCCGCUCGGUGAACCGGCACCCCAACACCCAACCGCAACCGGGUUGCCUCUGGUUCUUGCCUCUUCCUCGUCGUCACCCCCGGGUGAGGAAGAUCUCACGACGAUGACGACGAUGACGCCGACAGCGACGACGACGGUUGACUCGCGGUUGCGCCGCGCCACCGAUUCCGGUGAUGAUGCGACGACGACGACGAUGACGUCAACGACGUCAACUCCCACGACGACGACGACGACGACGACGGUGGGGCCUGUCACAUCGACGACGACCGCGAGCCACAUUCUGCCGACGACACCGCGGAAGGAGGUCAUCACCGGCGAUCACUUCAUACCGCCGAUGCUGCUGGUGAAGGCGCGCUUCAUCUCGGCCCGCCCGCACACCGAACCACCGCCAACGACGGUGAAGAUGCCCCAGAAACCGACGACGACCGCCGUGACCGAUCUCACCACCACCGGCGACAACCAGCCCUCAACGGUCCACCCGGAGGACGUUCCAUCGACGCUGGAUGAGGACGGGAGCACGGACGUAGCCACUCCGACACAGGGAACCUCGAACGAUUCGAACGAUAUCCAGACUCAGUCCGAUCAAUCGGUGACCCCGUCGCCGUCACCGUCACCGUCACCGUCCCCGGUGGCUAACAAUGGAACGCUCGCGACGGUGCCGGUCGGCCAGCUCCAGAGGUUGUCGAUGACGACACCGGACGUCAAACCGGAGAUCGGUAGCAGCUCCCCGGCCGCUCCCGUUCAGCAGGAGGAGCAGCAGCAGCAGACGAGCGUCCCGACUGCGACGGAAGAGCAUCAGGAAGAGGAGGAGGAGGAGCACGGUGACGGUGAAGAUGGGGAGCAGCCCCGGGCCGGCACUACGGAGCUACACAACAGCUUCUCGAACGUUGAGAACUAUCAACCCUACAAACCGAACCGGCACCGUGCGCUGACCAAAGCGGAACAGCAUCACAACCCUGGCAACUACAUCAAGAAGAUUCUCGGUUGAG